AAAAAAACUAUAAAAGGACUGUUAUUUUAUAAAAUAGCAUCAUUAUUCAUAUUUCAAAAUAUAUUUAUAAAGUUUCAACACCCAAAUAAAAUUUAAUUGCCAAAACAAUUAAUUUUCUGUGACAAAAUAAAAAUUAGAUAUGCGACGGCGGAAUUUGUUCGUUUUUUUCACCAUUUUAUUGGUAUCAAUUUUGAAUAUCAACAAAGUUUUUGGGGAAAAAAUAGAAAAUGGUAACGAUAUAGUAAAGUUAUCUAAUAAGGACUCGGUUGCAUUCUCUACUCCUCAAAAAGAUGAUCGAAAGACCGAUGAGGGGAAGCGGGAGGAGGGAAAAGGUGGAGAAGAUGAUCCACGGAAAAUAUAUGGAGUGGGAUCCGAAAGGGAGGAUAUUAUAAUAACACUUUCAAGUCCACGGCGGGAUGAUGGAAGGAGAGAUGAAAGGAGACAAGAUAAAAAUAGAAGGAGACAACAAACUAUAGAAAGGGAUAUGAUAUACCUGUCAGAUCCCCGAAGAGAAGACAAAAGAAAUGAUGAUAGAAGAAAUGACGAAAGAAGACGAGAUGAGGAUAAACGGCAAGAGAUUGAGGUAAGUUUUAAAAAUGAUAUAAUACCUCUAUACAAUACAGGUUUAAGUGAGGAUGUAAAAAAACAUGUUAUAACUUUGCCAAAUCCCAGACGUACGGAUAGAAGAACUGAUGAUAAACGAAGAGAUGGGAACAGAAAAAAAGUUUCGGAUAUUUAUUUUGAAAAAAACAACCAAAAUGAGAUUGAUGUGACUACUAUGUCAGAACCUAGGAGAGAUGAUAGAAGAAAUGAUGAUAAACGAAGGGAUGAAGAUAGAAGGCGAGAUGAUGAAAGACGUAGAGAAGCAAGCCUACAAUUCAAUGAAGAUAGUGACAUUGUAUCCUUAUCUAGUCCACGCCGAGAUGAUAGAAGAAACGAUGAUAAACGAAGAGAUGAAGACAGAAGGCGGGAUGAGGAAAGACGUAGAGAAGCAAGCCUACAGUUUAAUGAAGAGAGUGAUAUCGUUUCCUUAUCUAGCCCCAAACGAGAUGAUAGAAGAAACGAAGAUAAACGAAGAGAUGAAGAUAGAAGGCGGGAUGAGGAAAGACGUAGAGAAGCAAGUCUACAGUUUAAUGAAGAGAGUGAUAUCGUUUCCUUAUCUAGCCCCAAACGAGAUGAUAGAAGAAACGAAGAUAAAAGAAGAGAUGAAGACAGAAGGCGGGAUGAGGAAAGACGUAGAGAAGCAAGCCAACACAUUAAUGAAGAGAGUGGCAUCGUAUCCUUAUCUAGCCCACGCCGAGAUGAUAGGCGUAACGAUGAUAAAAGAAGGGAUGAAGACAGAAGGCGGGAUGAGGAAAGACGUAGAGAAGCAAGCCUACAGUUUAAUGAAGAGAGUGAUAUCGUUUCCUUAUCUAGCCCCAAACGAGAUGAUAGAAGAAACGAAGAUAAACGAAGAGAUGAAGACAGAAGGCGGGAUGAGGAAAGACGUAGAGAAGCAAGCCUACAGUUUAAUGAAGAGAGUGAUAUCGUUUCCUUAUCUAGCCCCAAACGAGAUGAUAGAAGAAACGAAGAUAAAAGAAGGGAUGAAGACAGAAGGCGGGAUGAGGAAAGACGUAGAGAAGCAAGCCUACAGUUUAAUGAAGAGAGUGAUAUCGUUUCCUUAUCUAGCCCCAAACGAGAUGAUAGAAGAAACGAAGAUAAACGAAGAGAUGAAGACAGAAGGCGGGAUGAGGAAAGACGUAGAGAAGCAAGUCUAGAGUUUAACGAAGAGAGUGACAUCAUAUCCCUAUCUAGCCCACAAACGAGAUGAUAGAAGAAACGAUGAUAAACGAAGAGAUGAAGACAGAAGGCGGGAUGAGGAAAGACGUAGAGAAGCAAGCCUACAGUUUAAUGAAGAGAGUGAUAUCGUUUCCUUAUCUAGCCCCAAACGAGAUGAUAGAAGAAACGAAGAUAAACGAAGAGAUGAAGACAGAAGGCGGGAUGAGGAAAGACGUAGAGAAGCAAGCCAACACAUUAA